AUACUGCGCGUUCUUGGGCUUCCACGAAGUGGAAGCGAAGUCCGGAUAGACUCCAGUUGCACACUGGCUGCCAGCUGAUACAGGGAGGUUUCAACAGGUGCGAACCAACUCGCGCGCGGGCUGAAAUUUUCGCGUCUAACCUGAAAUGUAGUCCGGGAUGGGGGACCAGAACUUUUCCCAAUUGGAAUGUGUGGAAAGCAAUUUCGGACCCCAAAGGGACCCCCUAUACAUCGUCAUCCCUAUAAUAGCUGCAUACGUGGUCAUCUUCAUCACCGGCGUGGUUGGUAAUGUCAGCACUUGCAUCGUCAUUUCCAGGAACAAGACUAUGCACACAGCCACCAACUAUUACCUAUUCAGUCUUGCUAUAUCGGAUCUUCUGCUCCUGCUGUCAGGGUUACCCCAGGAGGUCUACCUUAUAUGGUCCAGGUACCCUUACAUCUUCGGCGCAGCCUUCUGUUUUCUUCGUGGUCUCUUCGCUGAAAUAUCUUCCAACGCUACAGUCUCCACCAUAACAGCCUUCACAUUUGAGCGUUACCUGGCCAUAUGUCACCCUUUGAGGUCCCACAUGAUGUCCAAGUUGUCCAGGGCUGUGAGGAUUAUUUUCGGUAUUUGGUUCUUCUCGAUCUUCUUGGCUAUUCCUCAGGCUAUGCAGUUUGGUAUCGUGAUGUACGGUAAUUGUGAGGUAUGCCAGUUGAUAGAGCCCAUAAUUGAACAUUCUUUCGAAGUUAGUUCUUUGGUGUUUUUCGUUGCACCCAUGACUGUUAUAUCGGUGCUGUAUAUCUUGAUUGGGUUGAAACUUCACCAAUCUAGGAAUAUGAGGAGGCAGAAUACUAGUGUCGCAGGGCAUAGGAAGUCCUCUAGAAAAAUUAUCAAGAUGCUUGUUGCUGUAGUUGUUGCCUUCUUCAUUUGUUGGGCCCCAUUCCACAUCCAACGGCUAUUCACAAUUUACUCCGGUGAUUCUAUGAACAAGGAGGACUACCAGCUGUACCUUAAGAUCUACGAGAUUGUGACGUACAUCAGUGGGAUAUUAUAUUAUUUGUCAGCAACUAUAAACCCCAUUCUGUACAACAUAAUGUCCAUUAAAUUCAGAGAGGCUUUCAGGGAAACUUUCUCAAGAUGCCGUCAUCUGUCAUGUUUCAAGUCGCGACAGCCACAGCGAUCGUACUCGGUCCUUUCUCGUUCUAUUCCCACGGGAUGCGAGCAACCGAGCGGCAGCGGAGGCAGUGGAAGCAGCGGAGGCAAAGAUUCGGCCAUCAAAAAUGAGGCCUCAACAAGAGCGAACCCAGUACUUUCGCGGAGAGACACAUCCAAAUCCAUUUCCGAUCAAAAUUUAGGCAAGAGAUCCAAGCAGUACAUUUUCUCAGAAAAUAAAACGAGAAAACCCUCAGCAGACAGCACAAGCUCUUCCGGCAAAAAACUGGGCAACCCAAGCAAUGCAAAAACCUGCGAUAUGAUUUCUCUGCAUGUGAAAUCAGUAGAUAUGGCUGCGAAAGAACAGAAGACUGUUUCCGAAUGCUGUGGACUCUUCGCCCACAAAGACAAGGAGGGUGUUAAAGUCAGCAGGAAGUACUCUGCACAUUUCACUUCCGCCUUCCUUCACGACAACCUUCUUCAAGGCCAGAAUCUUGUCAAGCCCGACAGUCUUUGCCACGUCAGCAGCUCCAGUCCGAAGGAUACUGAAAAGGGUGUCUUGGAGGAUGAACUGACGACUUAUAUGAAGGAAAUACAGAGAAGAGAACAGACUGUAUAUAGCGAACAGGCUUGAGAUUCAGAGUCUCUUCUGUGAAGGGAAUGGAUCUCAGUUCGUUGGUUGUUCAGGUGAGUUUCGAGCAUAACU